CGCGGACUUAUCUCCCUUUUCAAUAUGGCUGCGCCCAUGUUUUAAGUUUUAUUUUCUUUCGACAGUUCAACUCAAAGAAGGGAAAACUGAUAGCUGAUGUUGUUUUGAAAAUAUAUCGAUAAAGUGAAUCUGUAAUGAUGCCACCCAUUGGAAAGGUCGUAACAAGUCCUUGUUGCAGAACCACUGUAAUUGACUUUAUUAAAAGAGGUAGCUGUGCGUUUUUCAGUACAAGUAGAUAUAGAAUGUAUGAUAAAACCCGCUACAGCCCGGAUUACUACAGGUAUAAGAUGUCAAUAAACAAUAAGAGAAGUUUCCAAAAUCAUUUGAUUCUCGGCCCAAAUAAAAUGAAGCGUCUGAAACGUUUACAGAUGGAGUAUGAAAUUUUGAAAGCUACUGGAGAGCAUGAGGUACCAUAUGAAAUGAAUACUUACUUGUGGAGAGACAUUGUACUAGCACAAUCUAAAGACCAGAGGAUGCUUCUUUAUAAAGAUAUCUUGUCCGAACAGAAAGACUUAUAUGUAAUGGAGAUAAGAAUGUCUGAAAUAGAAGUUGAAAUGUUAUCUUACAUCAAUGCAAUAGAACAGAAUGGAUAUACUGACAAGUCAAUGUUGCUUGUUGAUGACAACUGCGUCAGAAAUAGGCAACAUAUUCAAGAUAUAAGUACAGAUAUGUGUAAUUACAAUUUAAGUCAAGAUCUUGUUAUUGACUUUGGAGUUUCAAAUAGGAAUCUUGAACAAAAUAUGCCUAGGAAAUUAGACGAUUUACGACUUACUUUGGAAAUGAAUAGAAGACAUGUACAGUCUUUUAAAAUCCAUAUUGCAAACUGUGGUCAGGUGGAAAAAUGUGAUGAAGAUUCAAAAAUUGUUUUUGAUAACAUAAUGAAAGAUUUUCCACUUGUGUCAUAUCAUGACGGCCAUAUCUUCAAUGAAUUUAAAAAAGAAAGACUUGUGUUUUUAACUCCGUGGGUAAAAGAUGAUAUUAAGGAGAUCAAUGAUUGUGUUCCUGUAUUACUUCUGGAGAAUCAAAUGUAUACUAACGGUUAUGAUGCUUAUAAUGCUGUUUUAAACUCGCGUGGUAUUAAUAAAGCCAGACUUCCAGUAAAUCAAUAUGUAAGGUUUUUAGGAGCCAACAAUAACUAUUUUUUCUCAGUGGUAGAAAAUAUUGGAGUGUUACAGGAUAUGAACGUACAUCAUGACUGGCAAAAAGCAACCAUAGACAACAUGUUAUUACCCAGCUAUAAGUAUGAAAUUAAAAAGGAUGAAAUGAAACCUACAUACAGAAAAAGUAACAAUGACACUAUUUAUGAUAUAUUAGAAUCAAUACAAAGUAAAAACUGAAUAAAUCCAACCUCAUUAAUAUGACUGACUCCACACUGUUCAAUGGCAGAUUUAACAUUUGUUAUGUUGUAACAACUUUAACCAUAAGCAUUGUUUUAUUUCUAAUUUAUUCAAUAUUUUGUUACUUACUUUCAGUGUUAGUGGUACUCUAAAUUUCAUACUUCAAUUGGUCUACAAUGGGCAAUUUUUAUAUAAGUAUUUCAAAUGUUAAUAACAACAAUAGAAAUGUAUCAAUUUGAUAUGCUUAUAAGAUAUUUCUAUUAUAAUAUUGACAGAGUUGUAAGUGAUUUGCUAAAGGCAUUAUACUCAACAUCACUAAUUUUGCGUCAUUACUUUUUUCACAAUAAUGGCACAUUUCCAUGUAAACAGGGCCUAAAAGUAACCCUACAUUUUCUUGGAGAGCAUGUUUCCCUAACAACACAAUUAUUUUUUUAGACCUAGUGUUAAAAUUGGUCAAAAUUGACGUAUUAUAGUUAUACCCCUAAACAACAAAGUUUUUGUGUAAAAAUUUAAAAUCUGUAGAUUUUUACUAGAAAUAGAACUGCAUUUUACUCAUUUCUUUGAUCUACUGACUACAUCUUCACCAUUAAAUAAGUAAGGAUAAUAAUGCCACUGGGAGCAUUAGGUCAAGGUCAUUUGCUUACAAUAGAAUAUUCAGCUUCUACUCAGUAACUUCAGUGCACUUUUACCUAUUAAUUGCUGUCACAUCAAAACUUGGUCGUUGAAAACCUGGUUAUCGUCGCUUUGUGGUGCUUCUUAUUUUGAUUGAAAUGUUGUAACGUUUUCUUGAGUCAUUUAGAAGAAAAAUGACAAUUUUUUAUACUGUAAGUUCACUGUUUUUCUUCUUGUUUUGAAGUGUUAAGUACCAUGAACUAAAAGAAGCAAGGUCAUGUAUAUGAUAAAUAACAAUAUUUAUUUUUUGCUAUAUAUACUAAUAGAUAUGUUUUAUUUGAUCAUGUAUCUCACACUAACAACAUACAUAUAUAAUUCUUUUAUAGUUUGUCACAUAUGAUUCUCAAUACUAUCAAAAUUACCAUUGGACCAGUUCACUUUAAUAUGUUCUUAUAAGAAAUUUUAUUCACUGUAUAAACAAUAUGAUUUUAUAAGACUUUUACACACUGAACAUGGGGCGUCCAUAUCUGAGUGGUUAAGGUUGUUGAAAAUGCGGCUUUCUUUACACCUGUUUCAAAAGCAUUUGCUAUCAAAUUUUAUAUAAUCAAUGGAAUUAUUUCUAUUGCUGGACUUUUAGCUGGACUGUUCAGAGCUGGUAUUCUCUAUAAUUAUUAACAUAAUGGACACACAUCCCAUAACUCUGGGUUACCUUUUAAGAGAGUUAUGCCCCUUAUCUUACUGUUGUGCAAUGAGAAUUUGCUGCGUUCAUAAUCUGAUAAAUUAGGUCUGUUGAACAGAACACUGGUAUUCUUAGUUAAUGUAUAUACUAGGCAUAAUGAUAAGUUCAUACAAAACUAGCAACAUGUUACAGUAUAGUGGGUGUCAGCGUUUCCAUUAUUUACUAAAUUUCAGAAUGUACAAUUUGUUUUUGAGAAACAAUUCAAACCGUUACCCUUUUAUAUGUAUUUUUAUAGAUUUUAUUAGUCUUACUUUUCUUUUCUUUUAUUUCAUAAGUCCAAAAUGCUAUAAAAUAUUCUAAACCAAUAAAUAGUGACAAUUUCCAAUUUAUUAAAUUUUGCAAACUUUUGUAAAUUGAAUUCUGCAAUCUUUUGUAAAUAAAAUAUAUAUUUCAAAUAACUUUCUUGUUUCAUUGAAACCCUCAAUACACUGUGUAAUGAUAUCCUCUUACAUUGUUUGCAAUGCCAUUUUGUCAUGCUACUAUUUUAUGUUAUUUGUCAGAACCCUGAUAUAGCCUUUGACUCAAUAAACUUGUAAACUAAACUUGUAAACUUGAAAAUACAACUAUUUUCCAAACUGCCAGACUGUCUGUCAGACCAUCUGUCUUUCUGUCCGUCUCUAAAAACUGUAUAUUGAGAUAAAUUUUAAAGUACUUUCCAACAAAUAAACUUAAACUAAAGCAAAGUUGACACACAAGUUAUACAUAUUCAUCCUGAGAAAAUUUGAUCUUUGAUUAUAUACUACUCAAAAUUUGCUAAGUAUCACUUUUUCUACAGUGCCUUAUUUUGAGCUCAGCGGAAGGCUCAGGGUGAGCUUUUAGUAUCAAAGGGGGAUACUCCGGCGUCCGUCGUCCGGCGUCCUUCAUCAUGCGUCAACAAACAAUCG